AUGGAUUACCAUAACAGCCGCGAAAUUCAUGCGAACAUGCCGGAUCACGACUGUACAACAUCUUCUGUUGAACGCUCGGCACAAGGCCGUGGCUGUCAAUGCGACAGCUCUGAUCACCUCCGAGAAUACUGGACCGGCGAUGACUGCGGUUUGCGACGUAUUAGCGACACGAAAGACUUCUUUACCGACGAGAAGCCCACGAUACUGCAGACCUUCCAACCUCCGGCGGUAGCAACAAAAGUCCCAUUUGCGGUAUCAUCGACUAUCCUACCCUCGCCAGACAGCCUUUGCCAUUCUUCAGCGACAGUGCCAUCUCCGAAGUAUACCUGGAAAGGCUCACUAAUACGUGCGGGUCCUCUGGCAGGAGUCGCAAGCCUCGUGUUCGCAAUCCUUCAGAUCUUCGCAUCUUUUGCUGUCCUGGCGGCGUCCAACAAACAGCCCGUGAGCAGCUGGACUUUCCAGCCAACGGUGUACUUGGCUGUGUUGACUGUGCUCAGCAAUAAGCUGCUGGCGUUCGCUGCCGUGCAGGGGACGGUCAUCAGCUGGUGGCGGAGUGCCAUUCGGGGCACGUCGCUUGGUCAAUUGCAUCGUGACUGGGGCAUGGGUCUGCACGUGUACAAGGCGCUUGCAGCAGGGCGGCACACCAAUAUCCUGGCGUUUGCCUGCAUCCUCGCCACUUUCGUCGCUAUCGACGGACCACUGUUACAGCGUGCUACAUCUGUCGUAUCUGUAACACCUCAGCAACCGGUCCCGCUUACUGUCGCGCUGGCACCAGAGCUUCCUGGCGCAUGGAGCGGGGCGGCCGAUUACCGCGAGAAGCAGUCGUGGACCUUCGGUCCCAGUGUGGACUUUGCGAAGGUCUUCGAAGAUUACUCUGAGACAACACCCAUUACUGGUGUAGUGAAAGGGUGUCCAUACCAGAAGUGUGCAAUCACUGUCCGCGCGCCGGCGCUUGCACUGGAGUCCUGCGAGUCCCAGUCAUAUUCCAAGAACUAUACCGAGCCUCUCACCGCUUUAGAAUGGGAGAUAUACAACCUCACCAACGCCGUGACCAAAGAGCGAGCCGCGUUCCUUGUCCAGGGAGGCCUUUCAAAGGGGACGCGAGAGAAAUUCGAGAUCACCACCGGUAUAAGUGAUGCCGCGGUCGCCGAAAGUUGUGUGGGUUCCUGGAACUACACAACAUGCACUUAUAUCAGCGCUAUCGGCGAAUACGACCUCGUCGUCGAAGGAGACGAGAUCAAACUCUCAACCGACUUGAGCGCCGUCAAAAUCUCUGCUCUAGCGAAUAACACCGCAGUCACCGGAACGAACCAAAGCCACCCAUCCACACUCGCCGGUGCAGCGCUGGCCGGAAUCUUACAAUUCUCCACCGUAGCCGCCUUGGCCAACAUCGACAAUGUCAGCGUGUCGAUGCAUUCUCCGGGUAAUAGCUGGUUCGCUUUCCAGCAUAUUGAAAACUGGGAAGCCCUGAACGAUGGCUCAGCCUGCGCACCGAUAUGGCGUGACCCUACCAAGGAGAUUCUCAGCGGCCUCAAUGAGGUCCUGUUCCGUGCUGGCGUGUACGUGGCCGCGCACCUGGAUGAGGCAUGGCUGCGGGAAAGACUGGAUCCCGGUCUCGAGACGAGCUACAAUACCACUGGCAGUGCUUCCGUGGAGAUCAACGUCUUCCACUCUGACUUCCGCUACUUUUCGGCAGCGGCUGUCGUGCAAGCGAUUACUGUCGCUGUGGUGGCGUAUACGUUUUAUGGAUAUUGGCGACUCGGAAGGAAUACCACUUUUAGCCCGCUGGAGAUGGCGAAUGCUUUCGAUGCCCCGCUGCUGCGCCAUGAAGAUAGCAAUAUGAGCGCCAAUCAACUGGCUAAAUCUUGUGGCUCGGUUGAGGUCCAGUACGGCAUUGCCCGGGGCAGACCGAAGCAAUAUCCUGGCGACAUGACGAUUGCUGGAGAUACGUUGAUGUUUGGCGAGGAGCGAGAGAUUGUUCCGUUGGUGAGUUCAGGACGAAUCUCGGCUGCGUUGGCGAGGGUUCGAGGGAUUGCGGUAGAUAGAUGA